CGAUCAUGGCUGAACUUCGUAAGGUGCCUGCCAGCCAGGCGACGCAGCAGCAGCAGCCCAUUCACAAUGACGAUAAUGUCCCCAGUCUGAAGACCCUCAAGGACGCCAUUCCCGAGGAAUGCUUCGACUCCUCUGUUGUCACCUCCCUCCUCUACCUCGCCCGCGACAUCCUCUACUGCGCCAUCCUCACCUACGGCGCCUUCCACAUCCACCUCCUCCCCUCUCUGCCGCUGCGCGCCCUCGCCUGGGCUGUCUACGGCUUCUUCCAGGGUUGUGUCGGCACCGGAAUAUGGAUUCUGGCUCAUGAAUGCGGUCAUGGUGCCUUCUCCAAGCAUCAGACCUUCAACGACAUUGUCGGCUGGGCUGCCCACUCCUUCCUCAUGGUCCCCUACUUCUCCUGGAAGAUCACCCAUGCCCGCCACCACCGCUACACCGGCCACAUGGAGAAGGACACCGUCUUUGUCCCCUGGACCGAUAAUGAGCUGGCCAAGAAGAAGAACGUCCGCAUUGAGCAGCUCAAGCAUCUCACCGAGGAAACCCCCAUCGUCUCCUUCCUGCAACUCAUCGGCCACCAGCUCUUCGGAUGGCAGCUGUACCUCUUCCUGAAUGUCACCGCCGGUCCCAAGAGUCUGCCCGAGAAUCGUCCGAUUCGUGGCGCGGCCAGCCACUUCAACCCCUUCGGCGACCUUUUCACCAAGUCGCAGUAUUUCAGCAUUGCCUUGACUGACUUGGGUCUGCUUAUCAUGGGUUCGAUUCUGUACUACGCCUCUACGCAGAUUGGUGCAUGGAAUGUCGUCCUUCUAUACUUUGUUCCCUAUCUGUGGGUGCAUCACUGGCUGAUCGCCAUCACCUACUUGCAGCACACCCACCCCGCUGUCCCCCACUACACUGCCGAGUCCUGGACCUACACCAAGGGUGCCCUUGCCACCAUUGACCGGAGCAUCGGCUUCAUCGGCCGCCACUUCUUCCACGAAAUCAUCGACUACCAUGUCGUUCACCACCUGUUCAGCCGGAUUCCCUUCUACAAGGCCGAGGAGGCUACCCGCGCUAUUCAGCCGCUGUUGGGGGUUAACUAUCACGAGGAGAAGGAGAGCAGCUUCUUGUACUCGCUCAUGACCACGUUCCGGAAGUGCAUCUACGUUUCGGAUGGCAAGAAGAACGGUGUGUUGCAUUUUGUCCUUCCCGAGGAGGCGAAGUAGACUUGCAUAAUAUAUUUGGGUGAUUGAUUGUUGUGGUGUUCGUGGGUGUGGUUUACUAGUAAAUUAGAGUACAAUAUGCAUAUAUAGACUGUUGAUAGACUUUGAUAGACGAUCACAAUGUAUUAUAGACUCAAAGCUACUAGAACGCGAUAUGUGUUCAUGUUCAAAUCCCUACAGAAGAACCAAGACCUUAGAUGAAGC